UAACGAUCAGUAGAUUUUCUAGAGGUACAGUCACAGAUAUCGUCUCGAAAAAUAUAACCAUGGUUUUGGAGAAUCUACUUAUGAAUUAUGAAAACAAUCAACUACCAACACAUGGAAAAGACCGUUGAAUUUUUGUGUCGAAAGAUGAACUGGAUGGCUCUCUGCAAACACUGCAAAAAUUUCGUGGCCGCGUUCCUACGAUCCGUUAAACUCUUAAAAAUGUGAAGAGAAAUGUGAAGCGACACGAUAUAAAGCGAAAUUAGUUACGUCUCGUUACGUUAUCUUGUACCUCCUGUAGAAAUAUGAGUUAACUUAUGAAGGUAAAGAGAGAGGAGGAGGAGAAGGAGGGAGGAGGGAGGAGAAAAUGAAAAAAAGGAAAGUAAUUAUAUGGAAGCAAAUUUGUUAAUUGGAGUGAAAGAAUCGCAUUUUCCUAAUUCAUCUUGAUUCGUUUGGAAAAUCUGACACAUCCUUUUUUUAGCCGACCACUUCCGAUAAUCUUUCAGAAAUUCUUUCAUUUCACUGGAACGAUUCAGAGUCGUCAGAAAGAAUUCGAGUUUGUCCUACCAGCUUCUUGUUUUAUUACCGAUUUCUCUCCCACCUCUCCAUUACUAUUCUGAUAGUUUUUUCUUUGUGUCCAGAGAGACUUAUCAUCACGAAUGGAAUGGUUCAAUAUCGAUAUUACAUGCAUACCUCAAAUUGGAGUAGAGCCAGAUGUGAGAGAAGGAUUAAAAAAAAGAGAAAAAAAAAAUAAAAGAAACUAUUGCUCGUUUUUUAAAUCGUAUCUACCUCUGAAAUACAGCAGGAUCGUCUCACUUUUGGCCGCCUUCGUCGAUUUCACAUUUCCCUCUUUCUGUUUUUUCCACUUUUUUCCUUCCGUUAUCGGACUUUCUCUAUGUACCCAAGGUACACCAACGGUGGUAAAAACCAAUAUCCUAAUAAGAAGUAUGGGUCCUGUUUCCGAAUUGGAUAUGGAUUACUCAAUGGAUUGUUACUUUCGACAAUCUUGGCGUGAUUCUCGUCUUAGUUUCUUAGGACCUAUCAAAUCCCUCAGCCUUAGUAUCAAGAUGCUCGAGAGAAUUUGGCGUCCAGACACGUACUUCUACAAUGGGAAACACAGUUACGUGCAUACCAUCACUGUGCCCAAUAAGUUGCUGAGAAUUUCUCAGGACGGUGAUAUACUCUAUUCCAUGAGACUUACCAUUAAAGCAAAGUGUCCUAUGGAGUUACAGAACUUUCCCAUGGAUCGACAAUCGUGCCCAUUAAUUUUAGGAAGCUAUGCAUACACCUCCCAACAAUUAGUUUAUGAAUGGCAAGAAGGAUCGUCCGUAAACUUUGUUCCUGGAAUGGCACUAUCGCAAUUUGAUUUAAUGGGUUCUCCCUAUAGAAACCUUACGUUUGUACGUCGUGAAGGCGAGUUCUCUGUUCUUCAAGUAUCUUUUAAUUUACAACGAAAUACCGGUUAUUUUUUAAUACAAGUCUACGUUCCAUGUGUACUUAUAGUCGUCUUAAGUUGGGUAUCGUUUUGGAUUCAUCGUGAAGCUACCAGCGAUCGAGUAGGUUUAGGUAUCACAACGGUACUAACACUUUCUACGAUAAGCCUUGAUUCAAGAACUGAUUUACCAAAAGUGAGAUACGCUACAGCCCUCGAUUGGUUUCUUCUCAUGAGUUUCGGUUAUUGCAUUGCUACACUUUUAGAAUUUGCUGGGGUACAUUAUUUUACGAAGGUGGGAAGUGGAGAACUUCCAUUGGACGAUGAAGAAUGGGAAAAUAUUUCGGACAAGGAGUACGAAGAUCCAUUUUGUACGAUCACUACUUGCGGUCCUCAAACUAUUCAUCCAGAUAGUAUCAUCGACGAAACUUCCAGAAGUUCCACCGUCUGCAGCGUUUAUAAUGAUUCGGUUAUGUACAACCGACGAUCUUGUCAGCCCGUAACAAUGACUGUUACGUCAAGGCCGUCCACAAUGGAAAGACAGACACAAACCGAACAUCGAUUACCUAAAUGGAAACAAUUUUUAUACUGUUUGGCAGGUGAUGAUGAGUUUAGAAGGCAACGACAACGUGAAGCAAUAAGGAAUUGUCGAAAAUUCGGAGAACGUGUAGCGAGACAUAUCAAUAGUGUAUCGACUAUAGAUAGAGUAGCACGAAUAGUUUUUCCAGCAUCUUUUGGAUUACUUAAUAUAUGUUACUGGGUCGUUUAUGUCACUUAUCAGGAAGAAUUUAAAUGGCAAGAUCCACCGAUUGGUUCGAUUUCUAAAUAAAAACUUCCUUAUCAAAUUAAAUAUUGUCAAAUAAAUGAAAUCUAAAUUUCAUGAAUUUUUUCUUUUUAUAAAUUUACAAAAAUAUAUU